AUGACAAUCACAAAUCUUAUUCGUCGAGUAGCUGUCAUCGGCGCAGGGCCCUCUGGCCUUGCUGCAGUCAAAUACCUGCUCGCCGAGAAAUUUUUCGAUCAAAUUGAUGUCUUCGAGCAAAGAAGCUCCGUGGGUGGAGUCUGGAAUUACACACCAAGUUCCUCUAAAAAAGGGAUGUCAACAACUGUCCCACAUUUAACCCCUCAUGAGCCUGUCGAGAAGCCGGUGUGGAUCGAUCACACGGAGGGGCGUGAGGCAACAUUUGUGUCUCCGAUAUACGAUCGAUUGGAAACCAACAUACCUAAGGAAUUGAUGCGUUAUUCGGAUCAGGCCUUCCCGUUGGAAACCCAGCUCUUUCCCAAACACUGGACGGUUAAACAAUACCUUGAGGAGUAUGCCACAGAUGUCAAAGGCCUCAUUCAAUUGGAGACACAAGUCCUAGAAGUGAAACUUAAGGACGAAAAUCUAAGCACCUGGAGUAUAACAACAAAGAGUCUUCCAACUGGCAUCGACAGAACCCACACUUAUGAUGCUGUGGUAGUUGCAAGUGGCCAUUUCACUGUCCCAAAUGUACCAGAAAUCUCAGGAAUACAAACAUGGGAUGCAUCAUAUCCGGGUGUGAUCUCUCAUUCCAAGUUUUUCAACUCUCCAGAACCUUUCCGAGGAAAGAAAGUGGUCGUAGUAGGAAGUUCUGCUUCGGGGCUUGACAUCGGUGCCCAGAUCAAUGAAGUAAGCCAAGGCAAACUGUUGGUCUCCCAACGAUCUGAAUCCUACAUGGCUGCACCCCCAAAUGGCGAUACAAUCAUCUGCCCGGAGAUAGUCGAGUUUCUUCCUCCGACAGCCUAUGACAGAGGUAUUAAAUUUGCGGAUGGUCGCAUUGAGGAACGGAUUGACGCCGUUGUUUUUUGCACCGGAUAUUUCUAUUCAUAUCCUUUCCUGUCUUCACUCAACCCGCCGGCUGUGACCCACGGCUGGCGAACAAUGAAUGUCUACCAGCAGUUGUUCUAUAUAGACCACCCCACUCUUGUCUUCCCGGUUCUUUCGCAGCAGGUUAUUCCAUUCUCACUAGCUGAGAACCACGCUGCUGUCUUCUCUCGUGUGUGGUCCGCACGGCUGACACUUCCACCCAAAGAUGAGAUGAAGGCAUGGGAAAACUCUGAAAUUGAUGCCAAAGGAGAUGGAAAAGAUUUUCACCGGCUUCCAUUUCCAAUGGAUGCUGAUUACCUCAAUUUUCUCUAUGACUGGGCGGAAAAGGCCAAGCACCGAGCUGGGUUGUCUAACAAUGGACAAGGCAAACUUGGUACUCGGUGGGGUGAGCAGGAAAGAUGGAUGCGGAAAAAUUUCCCAGAAAUUAGGCGUGCUUUCGUACAGCGAGGCGACAAGCGGAGCGAGAUCAAGAAUCUAGCAGAGCUUGGUUUCAGCUUUAAAGAGUGGAAGAGGCACCAAGAUGAAAACUGA